AUGCAAAUCUUUAGUGAUUGGUUUUUCUCGCAUUUCAUUCCUGCAAUGCAAAAAUAUCAAGAAGAUGUCCUCAAACUUCCUGCUGCUGAGGUGAAGGUGCUACUAAUUUUGGACAAUGCACCUGCUCACCCAGGUGCUGACAAGCUUGUCAGUAAUGAUGGUAAAAUAAGAUGCAUGUUCUUGCCACCCAAUGUUACCUCCCUGAUCCAGCCAAUGAAUCAGGGUAUAAUUGUAGCCUGCAAGAGAAUAUACCAACGAAGAUAUCUGGACGAAGUUCUUGCGGUUAUAGACGAAGAGGAAGAUCUUACGGAAGACACACGAGGACAAAGAACUGUUAAUAACGUCAAGAACUACAACCUCAAGUCUGCAAUAUUCAACUUAGCAGCUUCAUGGAAGGCACUGAAGACUACUACUCUAGCCAAUGCUUGGAAAAAACUUCUGUACAAUGUGGAGGUAGAAUAUGAUUUCGAAGGAUUCGAGGCAAGGGACUUUCAUCAUAUCCUUAAGAGGGCGGGCAAAAAUGAUGUCACAGAAGACGACAUCAGAAAUUGGCUAGAAGACACAGAGGGUGACCCUGGAUACCAAGUCUUAACAGAAGAAGACAUAGCGGAUGAAGUUCUCGUUCGUGACAGCAGAGAUAGUGAAGAUGAGGAAGACGAAGAACCAUUGCCCAAGAAACCCAAACUCUCUGUUAUACGAGAAUCCCUUGAUAAUGUCAUUUCGUACAUUGAAUUGUCAGCAGAAACUGAUGAUAUUCAGCAUUACUAUCAACAUAUUAGAGCCCUUAGGGAACUCAUUAUCCAGAGGCAGCAUCAUCAAGGUAAACAACUGAAACUAGACUCAUUCUUCAAGCCAGUUCGUCCCAACCCUGCUGCAGCUGUUGAGCCUGCUGCUGACUCAGGCCAUCCUCAGUCACCUCAGCCUUCUACCAGUGGGGGACAAGGACCAGUGGAGCAUCAUAGCUCUACUGACUCCGAAUAA